CUUACGCUUGGUUGAAGUGAUCACUGAUCAGAAUGGCGAAUGCAUCUCCAACUCCAACUAACCAACACUUCUUCCAGCCUCUUCUUAACAGAUUCCAGAGCCACCUCAAAAUUCCUGUGAAGUUCUUUACCGAGCACAUCGAAGCAAAACACGAGGGCAAUACUGUGAAGUUGAGAUCAGAUGCGUCGGAGAGAACAUGGGAAGUGAAGAUGGAUGACAAUAUACUCACCGAAGGUUGGAAAGAAUUCGUGGAGGCACAUGAUCUUCGGAUCGGUGACUUCGUUGUCUUCAGACACGAAGGAGACAUGUUGUUCCAUGUCAUUGCUUUAGGCCCUCACUGUUGUAAGAUCCAAUACUCACAGUCUAGCAGCCAUGAAGAAGGCGAAGAGAGUGAUGAUAUUGAAAUAUCUCCAAGACCCGAGAAAGAAGUUGAGGAACAUGUGCAAAAAGAAUCUGAUCGAUCGUCAUCAGAUCUCAAUUGUUUUAGCCAAACCGUGACGCGUUCCAACAUAUCAAUAGAUCAAGUGACUCUGCCCAAAGAUUUCGCAAAACGAAACGGUUUAGACAAAGGAAUGCAUGAGAUAGUUUUGAUGAACCAAGAAGGGAAAUCAUGGGAAUCAAAAGUAAAGAGUAAUACGUCUGGUCAGGUUUUUAUUUAUGGAGGUUGGAAAAGUCUCUGCUGCGAAAAUAAAUUAAAAGUCGGAGAUUCUUGCACAUUUAAACUCCUGCAAAAUGCGAGCACGCCUGUGUUACAGCUCUGCAGCCGCUCAAAGGUGGAUAGGAAGAAGAAGAUUCGGUCUGCAGACAAUGACCUAACCGGAGAAAACCGGUUUGUGACGUUAACUCCUACAAAAUACAGCCUUGAGAAUGGUAAACAGUAUCUAGGGAAAUGUUUUAGUAGAGCCAAUAUGCUCAACAUUUCGGGGAAGAUAAUUCUGGUGGACAAAGACAAAGUUGAGUGGUCGAUGAAGCUUAAAGUUGAUAGUAGAGGAGCGAUGAAUAUUUAUGGUCGUCAUGAUUGGAAAGGUUUCUGUGCCGCAAAUGAAGUAGGCGCAGGGGAUUCAAUGACUUUGGAGUUGAUCAGAGGAGGGACAAGUCCUUUUCUCAAGUUCUGUUCCAAGAUGGAGAAACCAACAUUCGAAGCAGAGGAUGGGAUCCGCAAGAAAGCUCGAGUCCAAAUCCAAAAUGGGGGGCAGGAAACAGACAAGGGAGAACCAUCUCGAGAAUCUAACAAAUCCAGUGGUAAUCAAGGAAACGUACAGAAAACGCAACCUUGCUCUGUCAAAGAUCAGGUGGAAAAGGUGAAAGAGAGCGUUGUAGAUACCUUAACUAGUAUCAGACGUUUUCUGAAAGAGCUCGAGACAAUGGAACAGAAACUACAAGAUUCAUUGCAGGAUAUCAACAAAUUGGGUAUGAGAUUUCUUAUCCGAUACGUUAUUCUUACAUCAAUCUUGUAG